UUAAAAACACAAUAUGGUUUAUCAACGAACUUAAGAUAAAUACGGCAAAUCUUUUUGUUUUAAAGUUUAAUGAUUUGUACGCUAAUGAAAUAACUAUUGGCAAAAGGUUUUAAUAUUGUUUGAUAUAAAAGCAUAGCAACAUUGGAUGUGUGUGCAUGCAUGUUUAUUUUGGCAGUGCUAUAUUCUAACGAGUGACUGUAACGUUAUCACUUUUUUUGGGAAAGUGUUAAGUCAUAAUGAAUAUGUAAUUUGUAUACGGAAUUUUUAAUAUAAUAGACCCAUCUAGCAUAAAUAAUGAAACUUAUACAGAUAGGAAGUGUUGUAUCUUUGAUAGGGAUAUAUUUUCAAUUUACGACUGCCCAAAAUUUACAACUUCAGUGUUCUGAAGGUUGGAUAAACUUGUAUGAAAAAUGUUAUCUAAUCGUACCAUUCAAACAUAACUGGCACCGAGCACGGGAUUAUUGCAAUAAAUACGGUGCUGUUUUAGCUGAACCUAGUGGGUAUGACCUAACCAAUGCAUUGUCUGACCAGGCAGAGGAAAACAGUACACACGAGUUCUGGACAGGAUAUAACAGAGUAAGUUCUGCAAGCUCUGCCGGGUAUGAAGGUUCCUGGAGCGAUGGACGUGAGACUAGUGUUAAAGUAGGAGUCUGGGCACCAAACCAGCCUGACAUCACUUCCGGUGACUGCGCAUUUGUUGGAAGACCAUGGGGAGCUGAUGAAGUACAGAAACGAUGGUAUUUGACGUCAUGCAAUAAUGUCAAGUCUUUCGUUUGUGAAAGGUCACCUUGUCCAAGUGAUACAUUUACCUGUAGCAACGGACGCUGUCUUGGAGAUCUGAAUGUAUGUAACAGUGCUAAUGACUGCGGAGAUAACUCCGAUGAGCAAGAUUGUCCGUUUUUAUGCUCAGUGAAGCUACCGGGACCAAGUGGAUAUUUUGAGGUUACCACAGACACCUUCUAUGAACCAAACCGGGACUGCAUGUUUACAAUUGAGGCCGGCAUUGGAAAAAGAAUACAAAUCCAUUUUGAAGUAUUUGACAUUGAAGAAAACUUGGAUAUUCUUGAAAUAUGGGAUGGUGGACCCACAAUUUUCAGUAGUCGUCUGAUAGCACGUGUUUCCGGUCAGGAUCCUGGAGAGUAUGGAAGCUAUAUUAGCAGUACAAACCAUCUUAUUCUAAGGUUCCUAACGGAUGGGUCUGUGCAGAAGGAGGGCUUCAUUUUUUCAUGGAACACAGAUUUUGCGUGUAAUAUACUCCAGCAGCAGGGUGUUGAUGUAGCCCCUGGUACCGAAGGCUACGAGAAAAGGCUCACUCCUCGACAGGAUGUCAUUGACUGUAUAAAUGAAUGUAACCGGAGUAGUUUAUGUUGGGGUUUCCGGUACGAUAUCACGCAGACGAUAAACCGGAAGUGCUUCAUGUUCGCGGAGGCGCCAGUGUUACUGUCUAGCAUGUGUUGUAAUGUCUACGUAAAGACUUGUCCUCAUAUGUCAAGGGUCACCUCAAUAGACAAUAUUCCGGUCCAAAGCUCAAAUUUGGUUGCCUCCUCUACCCAAGAAUACAUCUUUACCCCGAUGUACCCAUUCAGAUAUGUUGGAAACUAUGAACAAACUUUUCUGAUUACAGUCGAUGGAAACAAACUGAUUACUUUGCAGAUUUUGAAAGUUGACCUUUGUUGUACCGACAAUGUGGGUAUCUACGAUGGUGAAGGGCCUGACAGCCCUUUACUGAUGCUAGUAGAAAAGGAUACGGAACCCACUUUUGUCACAUCAACAGGAAACAUAAUGUACGUGCACAUGAAUCUACAACAACACUGGAGCUGCACGGGUUUAUUAAUGAAAUAUUUCGAAGGUUGCGAUGUAACCAUGACAACAGAUUCUGGAGAAAUAAGAUCACCUGGGUAUAACGUCAGCCCAUACCCAGAUAUAAUGACAUGCACUUGGCUAAUAAACCCUUCUUCAGACAAAAGUGUAAGACUGAUAUUCACAGAUUUUCAAACGGAGGAAGACAUGGAUUUUUUAAAGAUUUAUAAAGGGUCGAGUGCCCAGGGCGAGGCUGUACACGUUGGAUCUGGGUACUCUGGACAUGAUUUACCUGUCACACUGACGUCAACAAAUGGCAUUUACCUAGUCUUUGAGACAAGCGCCAUUAAUAAUUCUCGUGGAUUUCGGGCAGAAUAUUCAUCAGGAUGCCCUCAGCUAGACACAGUGUCACUUGUUGUUGAUCCAGCAUCUGAAAGCUUCCACUCACCUGAUACUGUAACUGUGACGUGUGCGGAAGGAUAUCUGUUUGGUGGAGGAUACAAAGGGGAAACAUCAGUUUCUUUAACAUGCGAGAGUGACGGUUCUUGGAAUGUUCUAAAUCCUCCAUUUUGUGAACGUCAAUAUUGCGGACUUGCACCAGACAUAUCUAAUGGCUAUAAAGUAACUGCUUCCGGAGUGCAGGGUGGUGACGUCAUCCAGUAUACCUGUAACCAUGGCUAUAACAUGGAGGGGUCUAAUUUGGUCACAUGCCUUAGCAACAGUUCAUGGGGUGUUCUCCCUCAGUGCAAAGCUACGGAAUGCCCCGCCCUUCAAACACAGAUAACAAAUGCCACGUUUGCAAACAUAAAAGGAGAUGGGAUACAACAUGAUUCUGUGGUCAAGGUCACGUGUGCUCCAUACUUUGAACUGAUUGGUCCAGUGACAAUUUCUUGUGAACAAGGGCAAUGGAUAAGUGAAUUACCACAAUGUCAACCAAUACCAUGUCCCGUAUCUACAUUUUGGAACGCUGACGUUGACAUGACCCAAAGUUUUGUGAUGAAUAAUCCCGUGCACGUGCAAUGCAACACUGGGUACUCCUUAGGUGGAGGCAAUGCUGCAGUCGAGGGCACAUUCAGAUGUGGUGUGGACGAACAACCGCAGUGUCAGAACAUCAACGAAUGCGCAUUGGGCUUGGACGAUUGUGAAAAUGCGGAAUGUGUAGACACGGAUGGCGGUUAUAUCUGCACGUGUCAGCCUGGCUUUGUUCCACGCGGCGGGAGCUUAACCAUAUGCGAUGAUGUGAAUGAAUGUGCUCCUGAACUUAACUUUUGUGAUCAUAAUUGUACAAACACUCCGGGUUCUUACGAGUGCAGCUGUAAUGCUGGUUAUAAUCUGUACACGUCUGCAGGAUAUAAUGGCUUUGACCUUGGAAAUGGUGAAGAUGGCACCAAACCUUGGCAUACAUUUCAUAUAGGACAUUCCUGCGUGUUAAAGAAAUGUGACCCAGGAAUCGUACUUAACGUCGUUAGCGGGAAUGCUCUCUCUUCGGCGACAGAAUUUUUCUACGGUGACACAAUUGAAGUAAUUUGUGACUUGGGAUUGUUUGCGUCUGGGACAAAUAAAUCUAGCAUGACAACAACCUGUGGUGUUGAUGGUCAGUGGAGCCAGCGUCCUGUGUGUGACGAAGUUGCAUAUUGUGACGAAACGUAUGGAUCAGGAGUCACACCGUCUGGUCCUAUUCAGUAUGAAGCAAAAUACACCCGAACAUGCACAAGGCGCAACGGGGAGAGGGUGGUCCUUGAGCGCUUAUGCGGCUAUGACAGAGAAACUGGGACAUACAAGACGGUUGGAGAUGUACUUGUGUGUCCAGAGACAGACUGUGGCAAGGUACCAAUCUAUACAGGAAUGAAGGCCUUUGUUACACCUAGUACAUUAUAUAACAGUACCAUAGUGUUUGAUUGUGAGGGGCAAUAUCUCCGCAAAGGAAUCAGUCCACUUGGUAUAAUGGGUGAAAAUAUUGUAAGAUGCAAUGAAAAUGGCGUCUGGGAAUUUGGUACUCUGCACUGUGAGGGUGGACAAUGCGUUGACCCAGGUUACCCUGUGAAUGGCAACACAACAUUAUCAUCUUGGUACCACGGUAAUGAAAGGGUAUUUACAGCUGCUAUUGGUACAGUAGCAACUUUCUCGUGCAAUGUUCCUGGUUAUGUACCAGAGCCAUCAGCUACUGCCACGUGCAGGAAGAUUGGAGACAGCUUAGCAGCAUGGGAUAGUCCAGUGCCAACAUGCAUAGACAGGGAGAAACCAACGUUUCAGGGCUGUCCUGAGGAUAUGUACGCUGACGCAUAUGCGCCUGUGUUUUAUGAUGAACCAACUGCCACAGACAACACUGCAGUGAAAACUAUUGGGAGAUUUCCUGAAAAUUUUCGACCGGGUAUGGUGAUGGACUCAACAGUUUUUAUUACUUACAUUGCAACUGAUUUCAAUGGAAACUCAGAGUGGUGUCAGUUCAGAAUAUUUAUUAAUGACAAGACGCCGCCAAAAUUGUCUUGCAAUACGCCACAAAUAAUCACACCAAACGAAGGAGACGCCCAGAUUAACACAGAUCUUUUUACCACCAUGGAUGACCGUUUUGCCGACCUAGUGGCAUCUCCAGCAUAUGUGACGUCAAAUUAUGACGCAAUAGGAACCAAUCCUAUAUUGACGUACACAGCUACCGACCUUGCAAAGAACAUUGCAUCAUGCAAAAGUCAAAUGAAAAUUGCAGCACCGACUUGCGAACCAGACAUCCUGAGUGUACAUAAUGGCAAUAUUGACUGCCAGCCGAACCAGCAGCUCGGGUAUACUUGCACUAUCACAUGUAAUACAGGCUAUUAUUUCUAUGAGAAUGCUUCUGUGUCCGCCAUAACCAUCAGUUGUGCGCUUGGGGGAGAGUGGAGCAGGGAAUUGCCAAUCUGUUCAGCUCCUGACCUCGCCCAUUUUCGUUUAUCUAUAAUGUUCAAGUAUGUGCGACUGACAUUUGUUGACGACAGUUGUGGAAUAUUGUAUGAAGAUAACAUCCGGGAGCAGUUACUGCCCCUGACAAACUCCUUCACAGCACUAUGUGCUAAUGUAUCAUCGACGUUGAUUGAUGUCACGCCAUCACCUAGCGUUCCUAUUGAAGCUGAAAUAAUUGAUCUUACUGGUGUAUUACAAGCUAGACUUACCAUAGAUAUUACACCCGGAGGACUUACAGACGAUGAGUACUUUCUCUGCUCCCAGAGAAUAUAUCAAGCAUUUGUCGAUGUGACGCCAUCCGUUCUGUCAAUACGAUAUCUGAGAGGGGGUGGUGUUGAAUGUCCGCAGGUUGAGAUGGACGCAUCAACUGCUAGCCAGGUUGCUGCAGAGUUUGUUUGCAGUAGCAACGCUAAGUCAACCAAAUUGAACAGCGAGACACACAUUUGUUUGGCAUGUCCACCCGGGACAAACAGCACGGGUGGCACGUGUGUUCCUUGUGCAGCUGGAUUUUACAAUGAUGAAUUCUACUCAACCACGUGUAAAUCGUGUCCACAAGAAACAAAUAGCAAGAAAGUAGGCGCUAUGUUCCAGAAAGAUUGUUUUGAGGAUUGUGGUAUGUACUUGUACAGUGGUGAUGGCAAAGCCCCCUGUACGGACUGUCCGCCAGACACCUUCUGGGUGAACAGUACAUAUUGUGAACCAUGCCCGGAUAAUACUUAUACCAAAGGAAGAGGUGCAAGAUCACAGGCAGAAUGUAUAGCCACAUGUCAAGUUGGACAUUUUUCGCACGACGGUCUUGAGCCGUGUAAUGCAUGUCCAAAGCACUACUUCCAGGCAGCGCCCAGGGCAUCAACAUGUACAGAAUGUCUCUCCAACGAGAUAACCCUGAAUGCAGCAUCUAUCAGCUCUGCUGACUGUGUAGAAGCAUUCCCAAUACAGUGUCAAGCCAAUCCGUGUCUACAUUCUGGAACGUGUUUGGUGAUCAGACAUGAUUUCUUCUGCAACUGUACAGCAGGAUAUACUGGGAGGAAUUGUGAGACACCAGUUACUCCAUGUGAUGUUGGUCCAUGUCUGAACGGGGGAGAGUGUGAACCCCUUAGUCUUACGGAAUAUAACUGUACAUGCCCGGAUCCUUUCUCUGGCAAAAAUUGUGAAAUUGACAUGGACCAUUGUACGAAUGCUGACUGUAUAAAUAAUGGCACAUGUAUUGAUCAGAAAGGAAGUUAUCUUUGCGCAUGUGCAUCACAUUCGGGAUAUUUCGGUAGUAGCUGCCAGUAUGCACAAUCUCCGUGUUUACGAUUUCCAUGUAAUAACAGCGGUAUUUGUGUGCCACAAGGGUCCUUUAAUCGGGUCUGUAACUGUCCAUCCGGCUUCUCGGGCGUGGACUGUGAAGUGAAUAUGGACGAAUGUGACCCCAACCCAUGCACAAAUGGAGGAACUUGUGUCGAUGGAGACGGUUCUUUCAGCUGUGAAUGCCCAUUUGGUUACACUGGAAUGUACUGUCAGCAGAGAAAUGAUAGAGAUACCUGCUCGCCAGAGGCGUGUUCUGCUGGCCGGGGAUGUAUAGAUAAUUAUGUCAACAACUCAAGAUACUGUCUCUGUAAUGUAGGAUGGUAUUUUGACCCCUCUUACAGUAUAUGUAGACUGAACACUGAAGUGAAAUAUUGUGCGGGUUACGAUUGUGGUACGGACGGGCAGUGUAUAUCAUACGAUGGUGGUUACCAUCUGAAGUGCCGCUGUAACACAGAUUAUGGUGGUACUAAAUGUCAACAGACAGUCGACGACUGUGUCUAUCAUCCGUGCAAGAAUAAUGCCACGUGCAAUGAUGAUGUGGAUGAUUUUACUUGUUCAUGCGCAGUAGCUGGAUCAGGAGGCAAAACAUGUGAGGACAACCUGAACGGUUGCUCGUCAUGUAUGUCGGCUAAUACUGUUAAUUGUACGGAUCGGCUGGAUGGCUACACGUGCUACUGCAGGGAAGGGUUCAGUGGGCCACAUUGUGAGAUUGAAAUCCCAACAUGCGAUAGUUUUCCGUGUCAACAUGGCGGCACAUGCGCAAAUCCAGUAAGGCCUGGUUUGACAGAAUGCACGUGUUCAGAUUACUGGUCAGGAGACGCUUGUCAAACAGUUAAAAAUAACUGCAUCACAGGACAAGAGUGUGAGAAUGGCGGCGAAUGUAUCAGUACAAGUAGCAGUUACGUUUGCAUCUGUGUCCACGGCUUCACAGGACCUACGUGUGAAGUGAGGUAUGAUCUGUGUGAGAGAAGUAAGCCUUGUGUAGGGGAAAAUAACACGUGCGAAGACAACAUUGACGGUGUUAAAUGCACCUGUGAACAAGGCUACACUGGCGAUAGUUGUGAGACAUUGCUCUGGUAUUGUGCCGACAAUACCUGUAAAAAUGGUGGCACCUGUGAGAUUGUUGAAAAUACUGGUGUUGUUUGUACUUGUGUACCAGGAUUUGCUGGUGAUGAUUGUAGCAUCAACAUAGACGAAUGUUCCACCACAUCUUGUCCACAGAACUCGUACUGCAUGGAUGAUAUAAAUACCGCGCACUGUGUCUGCCUAGAUGAUAAAGUCGGGGAGAACUGUGAAAAGGAUUCUUCUAAAAAUUUCGACUACAUAAUACUGCCACCAAAUGAUUGUCGUGAAGAAAUAAAUCAUGCUAUGUAUUCACUAAACGCGUCUGCAUUUACCCUUGUGUUUUGGGUAAGACUUACUGUGCUGAACACACCUGAUGCCAUCGUGACCAUGUAUGGUGUUGAGGAAAGCGAACAUUCAAUAGACGAGUGGACAUACCGCAUUCGAGUUGGUAGAACAGGAGUAAGAUUUGAUAUGUCACGUGGUCUGUUGUCCGUCGAACUUCCAUUCGACGAAUACGAUAUUGAGAACGGAUUGUGGCAUCACGUGACUGUGUCUUGGAAUAAUUUCAAUGGCUACCUCACGCUCUAUUUGAAUGGUCAAUACCACAAAGAAGAAAUUUUUGCUGCAAGUAGGAGACUCACAGAUUGGGGUUAUGUUGUUCUUGGCAGUGAAUCUGCAAACUCUAGUCCAUUCAUUGGAAGAAUAAGCAAAGUGAAUUUGUACGAUGAAAAACUUGUGGAUAAUGACAUAAGGGACAUAUACAAUGAUAUUUAUCUUUCCGGCGCAACACCCGUUAUUUCACAGGAGCCACUGAAGGCUCUCCAUACUGUCGACUUCAACAGCCAACUGUCAAACGGGAUUUGUACACAGGCAAAUCAGUGCCCUGACAGAGCGUUCCAAGCUUCAGUAUUCCCGAGCGCCCAGAGUUGUCCCGGUGACGCACGUGCAGUUGAUGUCUCCAGGAUUACCAGACCAUUUUGGGAUGCCUCGGCUGUAUUUUCUCAAACAGCAAUCGGAAGUAGAUCAUCAACAGCUGUAUCUGGUGAGACGGAAAUGGAUUGGGGUGUACAUGGUAUAGGUAUAGCCGAAUAUUCGAUUGACGGAAAUGCAGCAGUAUGCGUAUUUAGACUCUUCAAAACACGUAAGAGUUGCUCUGACAUCACCAUACCGGAAGAGUUGUCACAAGUCUGUACCGAACAGGCGGACGAGGACGGAAGAAGGUGCGAAAUCUCGUGCACACAGAAUGGUUACACCCUUUCCGAGGAGUCGCCAUUGUAUUACACGUGCAGUAAAUACGGAAUGUGGGAUGCGGCAGAUAGAACAGAGGAUUUCUUUUACCCAUCCUGUGCACCUGUGUCGUCUGCUACGAAUAACCUGAAUGUGCAAGUAAUGUACGAGAUAACAGACUGCGAAUCUGAGAAGGCGAAUCUUCUUGCAAACGUGACGAGCAGACUUGUACAGAUGAAUUCUGAUUGGUCGUUUGACCUUUGUAAGACAGAACAAGGAGGUACGGACAGAAAAGUUGAGUGCACGAUGGAAGUAACAGUUGAGUGCACGUCCUCUACAGUUGCAUCAGUGAAUAUAAUUUUCCCAAACAUACCGGACACUGUCAGUGAUGGAACACAGACCGUAGGACCAGAUGACGCUUUCAAAAUUUCAUCAGUUGACAGGAAGAUGCUUGCCAUUGAGCCGAUUGCAACACCAGUGAUGUCUUCCCUCGUAGUUGAGUUGACCCCGGCAUGUCCUCUUGGAAGUCAACUUAUAGGAAGCGAAUGUGUGAAAUGUGGGAGUGGUUAUUACUAUGAUAGGGACAGUGCAAGAUGUGUCCGUUGUGCAAGAGGAACAUAUAGGACCGUACUCUCAAACACUCCCACUCUGUCUAGUUGCACACCGUGUUCUGGUAGUGAUACAACAAGUAGUACAGGGUCCCCAGCAGCGAGUUAUUGCCACGCCUCGUGUUUCACAGGGAAAUUUUACAACUCAUCUAGUAAGCAAUGUGAUUUGUGCCCUGUUGGUCUCUAUAACGACGUCAUCGGGGCGUCAUCAUGCACACCGUGUGCUAUUACACAUACAACACUUGAUACCGGCAGUGUAUAUUCAAAUAGUUGUAUUCCGUUUUCUACAAAAUUUACCACGGCAUCGGUCUCUCAAAGCACACCAGGUGCUGCUGCUAGUAAGGAAGGAGAGGGUAUAUCGGCCGGUGUUGUAGCAGCUAUAGUUAUUUCUGUGCUCAUUAUCAUCCUCAUUAUAGCCAUCUUGGUAUUCUUGUGCAUUACAAAACGACUUCCAUGCUUUGCAAAGGAGAAGAAAAUUGUUCCUGAGGGAUCACCGUAUAAACAUGUGUACAAGUACGGUGAAACAAACAUGAAAUACGUGAACUAUCGGCUGUCAGAUCUUCGUGACAAUAAGAAGGCUGUAGAUAAAGUACCCAUUUAUCCCGAACCCAGGACCCCAGAUGACAGUAUCAGCAUCCGUGACGACAUUUCCAUACAAGUUCCUGUAUUCAUAGAGAAACUCAAUGGAACAGUACACAAGAAACAUACCUACAUUUCGACUGGCCGUGCUUCAGAAGCAGGAUCUGACCUUGACCACACACAAGAACGACCUGUGUCUGAGAGGGCAUAUUCAGUUCUGUCUGAUUCUGGUCGAUUUACGUCGAAUUUGAAAGAAAAUGGUCGAAGUGGUGCAGAAUUGACACUUGCUGCUUCAGUGACGGCCACACCACCACGAUCUCACCGCCAGCUUAAUGGUUCAAGGAGAGGUCGACCACCUGUAGAUUUAUCACAUGAAGCACCACAGCACCGUCCGAGAUCCCUUACACCUUUACGUAACCGACAGCCGGUACCUGAAGUUCAAAUGACAUCUGAAUACAUCCGUCCUUUACCGUCGUUUUCACGUCAACGAGCAGACGUCACACCGUAUCAGUAUCAAGAUUUCGUGGAAAAUAGAACGCCAACUACGUCACAAAUGGGUUCAGAUAAAAUUUUACUGGAUUCGGAUGAUGAAGAUUUACGUUGAGACCCAUUAAGGAGUAUGCAAGGCCAAAACAAUCUACGCAAAUAUUUUUUUUGCCUUACAAAACUUAAACGUUGUCUGUCAGACUCGUACUUACGUGCUUAUUCAAAUUCUGGUGCAUGUCAUUUCAUUUUACAAUGUGUUUAUUACUCGUAGAUACAUACAUAAUGACAUGAUAUGCAAUAUAUCGCCCUUCUUGAAUAUAAUAAAUAGAGAAUAUUUGGUUCUUUGCGGUGAAUAUGGAAUAUACCUCACCGAAAAGUGAAAUAAUCACAGCUCUUUUGUUUAAAAUGCUUCUCAGAGAUAUUUUCCGUAGUUACCAAAAACAAAUAAACAAGUCUUUUAUCUUAAUAAUUCUAACAUUUAUGUAUGACAAGCAAGUAAAUAAACAAAAAUUAUACCAUUCACAAUGUGAGUGAUAUGAAUUGUAUUUCUCUGAUAAAAAAGUAUUUCAUCAAUUCGCAUGAAAUCAUAUCAAGUAUUAUAAUGAAAGAUUGUUUUCCUUUCUUUCAUGUUCUGUGAAAGCGUCUUGUGUUUUACAUAUAUGUGAUAUUUUUGCGUGACUGAAAUCCACCGUGCCAAAAGUUUUGAGAUUGACACCUUUUACAGACUGUGUGCUGGUUUUAUUUAUGUAUGUGUAUACUCGUGUUGAAGUGAUUUCUUCAACUGUUAUGCUCAUAAAUGGAGGCUGAUUUCAAGAAAAGUGCGAUUGUGAACAUUGUUUAGUGUUGAAAAAUAUGUUAAAUAAAACCGAACAUUGUUAACAAUACGUUUCAAUCAAAUUACUCGUGAAACUUGUGAUAAAUUAACCAGAUCAAAAAAUGACACGUAUUGACGUUCGGCAUUAUCUGUAUGGUUACGUACAUUUUGUUUUGCAAUUCGGCAUUCUUUGUAAAAUGUAGAUUAACGUGGACAUGGCUUUCCGUGAAGAAGCGGAGAAUGCUGAAGUCGCAUAUUUGCCGAUUUUUAUUAUGUGUCCACUAAUUUAAGAAUAACUCUUAUUUAAUCAUAUUAUUCGUGACCUAAUAGUAAAAUUAAAUAUAUUGAAGCACUUGUUGUCGUACUACUUAGCAAUAGUGUAAUUUCUACACUGAAAAUUAUAUUUACACUCCAAUGGCACUGUUUUCACAUGUAAAGUUUUGCAACAGUUACUUAAACUAUAACAAAUUACUUUGUACAAAUAUUAAAUGAUCUGGUAAGUGUAAAGAAUGGUUUUGCUUGUGUGUUAUAGAAAUAUCGAAUUAAAUGAAAAUGUAAUAAAAUACUUAGUACCUGAA